GGAACGGCUGUGGGAAGUAAAAAGUCAAACAAAGUAGAGAAAUUAACAAAUAUAAAAUUAAAAGCUGUGUUCCUCUAUAAAGACCACUUCACCAUUCCAAAUGCGAAUCAAUCCACUCUUGCCUUAUCUCAAGAUUCUCAGCACACACACACAGAGUUGAAGAAGCUUGAACGAAGAAAGGAAAUGGCAAUCACAGUGCCUAGAAUAAAACUGGGUUCACAAGGUUUUGAGGUAUCAAAACAGGGACUGGGCUGCAUGGGAAUGACCUUUAACCAUGGUUCUCCCAGACCAGAAGAGGAAAUGAUCAAACUCAUCCACCACGCCAUCAACACCGGCGUCACCUUCCUCGACACCUCCGAUAUAUAUGGUCCCCACACCAACGAACUCCUUGUUGGCAAG